AUGGCAAAAACCCUUUCUGAUGAUAACUCUAGCAGCUCACAAAAACAAAAACCAAUUAGUGAUGAGAAAAUGAAGAUGGUUGUGAUUGAUUUGGAAGAGAAUGUUGAGGAAUCAACCCAAGCUGCAGCCAACAACACUCCUCCUCCUCCAGAGAUUGGACUGAGGCUAUUCAACGGCACCGGAGAGUCAUCGGCUCAGGCCGCGAUAUUGAGAAAAGCAUCCGAUGAGAGCGGCCACGAUAGGAGGUCACCUCCUAGGGUUUUCUCAUGCAGCUUCUGCAAGAAAGACUUCCCCACCUCUCAAGCUCUUGGUGGGCAUCAAAAUGCUCAUAAGAAUGAGAGACUGAUAGCAAAACAUCGUCGAGAGUUCCAAAUGAACGCUAUGGGUCACUAUGAUCCCUUGACUUCUUACAAUGAUUUUUCAACUAGUCUAGCUCAUGCUUCUCUUUAUGGAUCUUAUGGUAUUAGAUCCUCAUUUGGGGCGACGAUGGAUUCCAUGAUUCACAAGACACAUAUUCCAUGGACCCCAAUUGGAUACCAUAAUUAUCGUCAUGGUGAGAGAGCUAGCCAAGGCUUAGCACAUCCAUUGGACCACCGUGACCAUGAAAGGUUCAAGAUGCAAGGUCUUAACCCCAUUUUGAAAAGUGGGUUUGGAAAUCCUAACUCUUUGGGUUUGAACCACAGAAAUGGGUUUGGAAACUCUAGCUCUUUGGGUUUUAACCCCAAUUUGAGAAGUGGGUUUGGAAAUUCUAGCUCUUUGGGAUUUAACCCCAAUUUGAGAAGUGGGCUUGGAAACCCUAGCUCUUGGGGUUCUAACCUCAGUUUGUCAAGUGGGCUUGGAAAUGCUGGAUCUUUGGGUUUGAACCUCCAUUCAAUAAAUGGGUUUGGAAACCCCAGCUCUUUGGGUUUAAACCCUAGUUUGAGAAGUGGGUUUGGAGAUGUUGGCUCUUCGGCUUUGAACCCUCAUUUGAUAAGUGGGGUUGUGAACCCUAGUCCUGUGAGUCUUAAACCCAAUUCAACAAGUCAGUUUGAAAAGUCUAUUUCUUUGGGUUUAAACCCUAAUUUGACAAGUGAGCUUGGAAAAUCAAACGCUGGCAUUGGAGGACCUAGUAGACUUCACCUUGGAGGCAGAAGUGGAUGUGUAUUCAAACCAUAUCAAAGACCAAGCUCCACUAUCAAGAAGCCAACAAAUGAUCGUUCUGAGGACGAGCAAGGACUUGAUUUAACCCUCAAGCUUUAA